CACCCUCUUCUCACCUCUCAUAUCAAAAUUCACUCUUAACACACACCGGCGUACCUAAUAGAUUGCCAUGGUUUCUUUUUCUGCUGCUACUUCUAAUUCAUGGGUUAAGCCCAAAUUCUAUACAGUGGGUGACCGGAGCUAUACUUCAAACUUCUUGUUAUUCAACAGAGGCUGCUCUCUGCAAACACAAGUGGUCGAUUUGCCAAAGCAAUCGUCGACAGCAACAACUAUUCCUAGUACGACGGUUCUCAAAAAAGAUAACACGCUGCAAUGGAACUUAAUCCAAAGAGCAGCAGCAAUGGCUUUAGAUGCACUGGAGACUGCACUGACAGCACAUGAGCUGAAACAGCCUUUGUCCAAGACAGCAGACCCAAGAAUACAGAUUGCUGGCAACUUUUCUCCAGUGCCGGAACAGCCUGUUUCUCACAAACUACAAGUCGAGGGGACAAUCCCGGCUUCCAUCCAAGGCGUGUACGUGCGAAAUGGGGCCAAUCCACUUUUCGAGCCCCUUGCCGGUCACCACUUCUUUGAUGGCGAUGGCAUGAUCCACUCUGUGAAAUUCAAUAAUGGAUCAGCAAGUUAUGCUUGCCGAUUCACUGAGACAAAAAGACUCGUCCAAGAACGAGCCAUAUCCUGCCCGGUUUUCCCUAAAGCCAUUGGCGAACUACAUGGUCACUCAGGCAUAGCUAGAUUGUUACUGUUUUAUGCUCGUGGGCUUUGUGGCCUCGUUGAUCCUAGCCAAGGCACUGGAGUGGCCAACGCAGGUUUGGUCUACUUCCAUAACCGCUUAUUAGCCAUGUCUGAAGAUGAUUUGCCGUAUCAUGUACGGGUGACACCCUCUGGUGACUUGCAAACCGUUGGAAGAUACAAUUUCAAUGGCCAGCUUAACUCCACCAUGAUAGCUCACCCUAAGCUUGACCCGGUUUCCGGUGAGCUAUUUGCAUUGAGCUAUGAUGUUAUCCAGAAACCUCACUUGAAAUACUUCAGGUUUUCUAAAGAUGGAGAAAAAUCAAAUGAUGUCGUAAUCCCCGUUAAAGAGCCAACUAUGAUGCAUGAUUUUGCAAUAACUGAGAGAUUUGUGAUUGUGCCUGAUCAGCAAGUGGUAUUCAAGAUGUCGGAAAUGAUGUGGGGUGGCUCACCAGUGGUUUAUGACAAGGUCAAAAUGUCUAGGUUUGGUGUGCUGGACAAGUAUUCGAAGGAUGCUUCUGAUAUGAAGUGGGUGGAAGUGCCUGAUUGCUUCUGCUUUCAUCUUUGGAAUGCUUGGGAAGACACUGAGAGUGAUGAAAUUGUCGUAAUUGGAUCAUGUAUGACUCCACCUGACUCCAUUUUCAAUGAAUGUGAAGAGGGCUUAAAGAGUAUCUUGUCUGAAAUUCGACUAAAUUUGAGGACAGGCAAGUCUACAAGGAGCCCUAUCAUAUCAGAGGAGGACCAGGUGAAUUUAGAGGCAGGAAUGGUGAACAGAAACAAGCUCGGGAGAAAAACCCAGUAUGCGUACUUGGCCAUUGCUGAGCCAUGGCCUAAAGUGUCUGGUUUUGCAAAAGUUGACCUUUUAUCUGGUGAAGUAAGUAAGUAUUUUUAUGGUGAUGAAAAUUAUGGCGGGGAGCCUCUGUUUCUCCCCAGAGACCCCAACAGUGAAGCGGAGGAAGACGGAUAUAUUCUGGCCUUCGUGCACGAUGAAAAAGAAUGGAAAUCGGAGCUACAAAUUGUUAAUACUACGAAUAUGCAAUUACAGGCCAUAGUGAAGCUACCAUCAAGAGUUCCAUAUGGUUUUCAUGGAAUAUUCAUAAACGCCAAAGACUUGGUCAACCAGGCCUGAAUUGGAAUGUCUUUAUCUUAAAAUUUUGGAUUUUUACAAAGGAGAUCUACCAGAGGGAUGAUCGGAAAUAUGUCCCCGGAGUCUCUUACUACAUCUAGUCUAGACUAAACAGUACAUUGAGGGGACCAGCUUACAGCUUUUGCAUGUAGGUAGAAAUAGAAUUGAAGCUCAGCUGGUUUAUGCCUUUUCUUUCUGCAAGGACUAGACACUGUAAUGUUAUGAGGAUUCUGUUUUACUCUAUUUACUCUGGUUCUUGUAUACAUAUGAAAAUUGAACAUUUGUGAUGGUGAUGAU